AGUAGUUACGACUCAAUAACAAUCCCAAAAAGAAGAAUACACCACUGCUUGUCUCGCGGGAUGUAGGUUCCUGCGCAUGUCAAUCACAACAUAGCAUGAGCGCGUCCUGCUCUGAGUUUUUAACAAUUCAGCAGUGUUUUCUAGAUUUUUCAGUCCGUUAACUUAACAUGCCCCCGAAAGGGAAAGGUGGUAAGGGUGGUAAAGGAGCUGCUUCAGCAAGUGCAGAGGGUGACAAGAAAGAGAAAACCACAAAAGGAGGCACUUCUGUGAAGGUUCGGCACAUCCUCUGUGAAAAACAUGGAAAAUGCAUGGAGGCAAUGGAAAAACUGAAGGCUGGAGUCCGUUUCAGUGAAGUAGCUUCACAGUACAGCGAAGACAAAGCUCGACAAGGAGGUGAUCUGGGGUGGAUGACGCGAGGCUCGAUGGUCGGACCUUUCCAGGAAGCGGCAUUUGCUCUCCCUGUCAGUUCCAUGGAUAAACCUGUCUACACAGACCCUCCUGUCAAGACAAAGUUUGGCUAUCACAUCAUUAUGGUUGAGGGAAAAAAGUAAUGCAGUUAACCACACAAUUCAUAUGAAUUCUUCAAUGUGACUUUUUUAAUUACUUGUGGAAAAUGUUUAGAUUAUCCUGCUAUGUCUGUUUUAAGGAAACUGCCACCCCGGCAGUCAGUCGGGCUGAGGAUGUAUUUGCUAAAAAUGAACUUUCAAAACGAUUGUAUUUUCUGUUGCAGUUUGAUCCUGUUUUUUUUUUAACUCCAUCAAAAAAUAAAUCCAACCAAAUGAAUAAGUGC